AUGGUGGAAUUUUUUCUCGCUGUGUGUUUUUGCAUUGUGGAGCUUAGGGUUUCUAUCUUGGCGAGGCGGGGCGGGGCGAUCUCGGCGCUACAAGAGCAGAAGAGAUUUCUCGCGGCGGCGGCGGCGGCGGCAGCGGCAUGGACGAUAGCACCACGGCGACAUGCCUGGAAAUCCUCCUGGCGAUUCUUCUCCCGCCAGUGGGGGUUUUCUUCAAGUAUGGAUGUGAGGUCGAGUUUUGGAUCUGCCUGCUCUUCACGGUUCUCGGUUACUUGCCGGGGAUCGCCUUCGCAGUCUAUGUCAUACUUUGCAGGCGUCGUAGCUUCGGGCGUGAGCCUCUCGUCCGCUGAGAGUCACUCCACUCUCUUUCUUCCACCGCCACUCUUGUUUCCAAGAGCUGUGAAAUAAACGCUGUAGACUUUUAGAUUGUC